AUGAUUUCUGAAGGCAGCUCCUUUGUGAAGGGCGUGGUGCUAGGAGGAGCCUUCUGCAUGCUGGUUACCCUCCUCGGCCACAUCAAGGUGGGCCACGGGACUAAAGCACACCACCACGAGCAUCAUCACAUCCAGGCUCCCAACAAAGAAGAUGUCUUAAACCUUUCGGAGGGUGAACGCAUGGAGCUUAGUAAAAGUAUCCAUGUUUACUGUAUCAUCCUUGUGAAACCGAAAGAUCUGGGGCACUGGGCUGCAGUAAAAGAAACGUGGAGCAAGCACUGUGACAGGGUGGAAUUCUACAGCUCUGAAAACGUCAAAGUGUUUGAUUCUGUAGCUCUCAACACAAAUGAUAUGUGGGUGAUGAUGAGAAAAGCUUACAAGAUAACAUACGAACGCUACAAGGAUGAAUUCAGCUGGUUCUUCCUGGCAUAUCCAACAACGUUUGCUAUUAUUGAAAAUCUCAAGUAUUUCUUACUGAAAAAAGACCCCUCUCAGCCUUUUUAUAUAGGCCAUACUGUGAAAUCCGGUGACCUUGAGUAUGUAGAUGGUGAGGGAGGAAUAGUCUUAAGCAUUGAAUCACUAAGACGACUCUCCCAUGUUCUUGAAGACGCUGACAAGUGUCCAGAGCAGGGAGGUAUGAUUUGGAAACUUGCUGAGGAUAAACAACUAGCCAUCUGCCUGAAGUAUACUGGAGUGUUUGCCGAAAACGCAGAAGAUUCAGAAGGAAAAGAUGUCUUUAACACUAAAUCAGUCGGUGCUCUGAUUAAGGAAGCAAUGUCCACUCACCCUCAGCAGGUGGUGGAUGGCUGCUGCUCCGACACAGCCAUCACGUUCAGCGGACUGGCCCCGAACCACAUGCACGUGAUGAUGUACGGUGUUUACAGGCUGAGGCCCUAUGGCCACACAUACAAUGAUGCGCUUGUCUUCCUUCCACCUGCAGGCUCGGACAAUGACUGAUGUCCCUUC